UCUAAAUCUAUCUACCCUUGUAUUAGACAGUGUAUUACCGUAAUGAAUCCUUGGCGUCUCUUUAGCAAGCAUUACGGUAAUCCCCACAGUGUCUCUGUUGUGUGUCAGCUGAUCCACUUGGACUGGCGAGGAAGAGAAUUAGCAGCAAGAAAACACACCAGUGCUGGCUACGUUGAACCAUGGCCGCGGAGAUUCAUUCGAGGCCUCAGAGCGCCAGGCCGGUUCUUCUGAACAAAAUCGAGGGACACUCAGACGCUGUCACGGCUGCUGUUUUAAUCGCAAAGGAGGACGGAGUGAUCACAGUCAGCGAAGACAGAACCAUCCGAGUGUGGCUGAAAAGAGACAGCGGACAAUACUGGCCGAGUAUCUUCCAUACAGUCUCCUCUCCCUGCUCUUGUAUGUCAUAUCACCAUGACAGCAGACGCAUCUUCAUUGGCCAAGAUAAUGGAGCUGUUGUGGAGUUUCUCAUCUCUGAAGAUUUCAACAAAAUGAGCCAUGUUAAAACAUAUCCUGCUCACCAGAAUCGCAUUUCUGAUAUGGUGUUUACCCUGGAGAGUGAGUGGUUGGUGAGCACCGGCCAUGACAAGAGUGUGAGCUGGAUGUGCACCCAGAGCGGCAGCAUGCUGGGGAGACACUACUUCACUUCCUGGGCUUCCUGCCUACAAUAUGAUCAUGAGACCCAGCACGCCUUCGUUGGCGAUUACUCAGGACAGAUCACGCUGUUGAAGCUGGAGAAGCAGACCUAUUCUAUCAUUACUACACUAAAGGGCCAUGAAGGCAGCAUAGGAGCUUUGUGUUGGGACCCCAUCCAUAGGCUACUCUUCUCAGGGGCGUCCGACCACAGCGUCAUCAUGUGGGACAUAGCGGGACGCAAAGGGCGCACCUUACUGUUGCAUGGACACCAUGAGCGUGUCCAGGCUCUGUGCUACAUGCAGCUGACCAGGCAGUUGAUGUCGUGCUCAGCUGACGGAGGUAUCGCCGUGUGGAACAUGGACACAGCCAGAGAAGAGGCACCUCAGUGGCUGGAAAGCGACUCUUGUCAGAAGUGUGAGCAGCCUUUCUUUUGGAAUGUCAAGCAGAUGUGGGACACCAAGACAUUGGGACUCAGACAGCACCACUGCAGGAAGUGUGGCAAAGCUGUGUGUGGGAAAUGUAGUUCUAAACGCUCCACAUAUCCAAUCAUGGGCUUUGAGUUCCAAGUGCGAGUGUGCGACGCCUGUUUUGACUCCAUCAAGGAAGAAGAUCGAACUCCGUUGGCCACAUUCCAUGAGGGGAAACACAACAUCGCUCGCAUGCACAUGGACCCAUCCAGAGGCCUGAUGGUCACCUGUGGAAGUGACCGCAUUGUGAAGAUCUGGGACAUGACGCAGGUGGUUGGCUGUAGCUUAGCAACAGGCUUUUCUCCUCGCUGAUUGGGUCCAGCCCCUCUUCCGGUGUCAUGGAAACCCCUCUCUCUGUACAGUGCAUCAUCGCCAUCAUGCCUGGACUCUCCAGCUCCUGGGGGACGUUCGUGUGUGUGCGUGUUUGUGUGUUUGUGUGUUUGUGCGUGUGCGUGUGUGUGUGUGUGUGCGUGUGCAUGUGCGUGCGUGCGUGCGUGCAUGUGUGUGAGAGAGUGCAUGCAUGUGUGCGCGCGCGUGUGUGUAUGUGUAUGCUAGUAACGUAUGUCUCGGCAGUCCCUUUUUCAUUUGGAAUGAUCUUUUCAUUUUCGCACUAUAUGAAUGUGUGAUCUCUUCCAUAGCGCGCACACACACACACACACACACACACACACACACACACACACACACACACACACACACACACACACACACACACACACACACACACACACACACACACACACACACACACACACACACACACACACACACACACACACCAUAACACUAAGCACAACAGUUAGUGUAAACGUGUGCAUGUACUCUAAUGUCUCCUCCUGUGGGACGAGUGUUGAUAUUAGUGUUUACAUUUAAUACUUCUGAUACUUUUUUGUGGCUUUUUUAAGUAUCGGUACUGUAAUGUUGACAAAUUCCAGACUCGCCAUGGCGUACUUCUGUUGCAUCUGUGUAGAAAAGACCACAUGUAGUCAAAUGUAGACCUUCUGAUCACACGUUAUUUCCCACUUUAGAUGAUUUUGCGUCUCUUUUUCACCAGUUGGCCUUAAACCGCACUCAGGAGGUUUUACAUCAAUGGAUUAUCACCCUCCCUUUUUUGUUGUUGUUACCAUGGCCACCUUGUCACGUGUAAAUCCAUCAUAUUGCGAGUAUUUAAAGCGGUGCUAAUGCUGACCCCGCGUCCCCCUCCAUAACCGGGAGUGCGUUGCUAUAGCAACAGGUCAUCUUUGCAAAGUCCCCCAUGUUUUGUUUUUUUUCAGCAUCAUUAAGCACUUGCUAAGGUGUAGAAAUGUAGUAAAGGUCUCACUGCCCUGUUUGUGUGCUGGCCUUGUGGGUGUGUAACAUGCAUUAUUCCAUGAGGUAUCAUUCCUUUUAUCAUAAAGCACUUGGUUCACAUGAAGUGUCGACUUCCCAGCUCUGAUCUUAACUGUUCCUUCAGCCGCCUUAAAGAGAGAAGGGCACAUUCUCGUAGCCUUUUUCUUUUCUCUUGCCAUCAACGUCUGGAUGUCUUUUGAGUCAUGUUUUUUUUCCACCCCCAUGUUGCUCUAUAAACUAAUCCCUGCACUGAAUUGCACAAGCCCUUCACUUUCUUUGCUAGUUCAUAUGUGAGUACAAUUCUAAUGUUUAGAUGUCUGCCCCGAUGUCCAAAUGUAAUCACCUUCCACUUUUGCAUUAUGUAGUGUAUAUUCAUAUUUGUAGUAAAGUAUUUAUUAUCUAUGUAAA